AUGCCUCGGAUUGCUCAGAUGCCACGCGCUGGUGGCGCAAAGUCGUCAUCGACCAACAUCUCGGGGUCGCCAUUCAAAUCUCCCAUCAAAAUCCCCCUCAACGAUGAUGCGCAAGAAAAGGGCCAGCGGAUGAACAACCGAAAAGCACUUCAGGAAAAGCAGAUAAAGGAGAUCAAGAGGGCGGCCACCCCGCGCAACAGCCUAGGGAUUGGGGGAUUUGACAAUGGUUCACAAGAUCCCAACACGCCCCGGGGGACAAGAGGGGGGCUGGAUGACGAUGAUCCCAUCAUGGUUGGAGGCGUGUCCGUGACGCCGAUGAAGCGUGUUCCCAUCCUGGCCAACUUCGAAGAGUGGAUGAAGAUGGCCACUGACAACAAGAUCAAUGCCACCAACUCAUGGAACUUUGCCCUCAUCGACUACUUUCACGACAUGUCCUUGCUAAAAGAGGGCGACGGCGUCAAUUUCCAGAAAGCGAGUUGUACGCUUGAUGGAUGUGUCAAGAUUUACACCAAUCGAAUCGACAGCGUCGCGACCGAGACCGGCAAGCUACUGAGUGGUCUGGCAGAUAGCAAUAACAAAAAGAAGGAUCGCGAUGCUGAAGACGGCGCCGGCGAAGGCGAAGAGAGCGAAGAAGAGGUUGAUGAGGAUGGAAAUGUCAAGAAGAAGACGAAGAAGAAGGUACAGAGAUCAUCCGAAGCAACACUAGCGCCGUCAUUCGCCUCCCUGCAGCUCAAGAAAUUUGAGCUCGAAUUCGCUGUCGAUCCCCUUUUCAAGAAGGCCUCUGCCGAUUUCGACGAGGGAGGCGCCAAAGGUCUACUGCUUAACCACCUGAUGAUUGACUCGCAGGGACGAAUUGUCUUUGACAGUAGCGAUGACACUGGUGAUGCAGAUGAAAAGGACAAAGAGGAUAAAGGGGACGAGGACGAAGACGAAGUCGAGGCCGAAGUCGAGGUUGAAGAGAGGGAAAGGGAAAGAGAUGGGGAUGGGGAUAUAGAUAUGGAACACGACGAACACAGCCAGCCGGAGAAGGACCAGCGCAAGAGCCAGACCCAAGAGGACGCGGAUGACGCCGACAUAGAGAUUGACGUUUCGGCCCUCGGCCAGCGGUUCUUCCCCGACCUCGGCCUUCUGGAUGAGCUUGAUAUUUGCCCGUCUCUGAAGAGUUUUGAGCUGGGAGACCCUUCCGGCUCUAUGGACAUUCCCUUCCUCAAAGCUCCGGAAGAUUGGAGGCAAGACCAGGAAAACAAGAGCUCCGACAACCAUGCCAAUAAAUCCGGCAUAUUCAUCGAUGAAGAUUCGCCAGCCGGCUUUGACGACGACGACCUGGGUCUUGGCAACUUCGACACGCUUGGAGAUGUUGCUUUCGGUGAGGGCGGUGAAGCCUGGGCCAAGGAGGCUGCUCUCGAACCUCAAAUGCGUGUAUACGACGCUGGUAUGAAUAGCGAAGAGGGCGGAGAGGGAGAAGGCUUUGAUGAAAACGGCGAGUAUAUCGUGUCCAUGGCCAAGCCGGAGAAUGCAGACAAAAUGCAUCAAGAUAUAUUGAGCUUCUUCGAUCAAGCACUGCAAAAGAACUGGACUAGUGCCGAACAUUGGAGGAUUCGCAAGAUCAAAGAUGUCAACAAGCCAGCAGGAGAGACAAAGAAGCGCAAGGAAAAGGAGCCAUUCGAAAUCGAUUUCCUUUCGUCUCUCAGCCCCGCCCAGUCAGACGUCAUCUACACACAAGCAUCCAGCAACUCGGCUGUCUGCCUACCCAAGAAGGACUGGAAAUCAAAAUCUCGAAACCUACUUCCAGAUGACAAGCACUUCAGCUCAAAGGUCUUACUAAAUCUCUUCCUCAAACCCAAGGCUCGCCUAGCUUCAAAACGGAGAGGAUUCGGCUCACGCAAAAGUGGCCAUGGCUAUGGCUCUCAAGACGACGAUCACCAGCCAGCAGGAGAGCUUGAUGAGGCUUUUUGGGCACAGCAAAAGGCGCCAGAGGAUGCUGCUCUACCAGAAGGCGAUUAUGAUGCCAACUUCUUCCAAGACGAUGAUGGCCUGCCAUUUCCUGGGGCUGAAGGGGAUGCGGGUCUAACGGAAGGGGCCGGAGUGACGGCUAUGCUCAAUGGAGAGACUAUGAACACUAUGGGCGCCUUUGGCACGCAACUUAUCACUCAAACACGCCGUCUACGUCCUGAAUAUGUCCAGUAUGCCAGAGUCGCGAAGAAGGUAGACGUGCGACGACUCAAGGAGGAACUCUGGAAGGGCAUGGGCCUGGAAGAACUGGAGAAGUCUGUUGAGCCACCAGAACCAUCAAACGGACCUAGGCAAUCACCACCAAAUCCGGAGGAUAACACCACUCUCAAGUUUACUGAGGUGAUGAACUCACUACAAUCGGUAUAUCCAAAGCCUGCCAUGGCCGACAUCUCCACAUCGUUCUGUUUCAUUUGCCUGCUUCACUUGGCAAACGAAAAGGGGCUUGUGAUUGAAAAUACGGAGGGACUGAGUGAGCUGGACAUUCGAAAGGACUGGACGGCGGAUCUCACCGAAGGCGCCGUGUAA